AUGACAGCGAUCUGCUUCGUGUGCAACCUGCCGAUCGUGACUCAUCAGGUCGGGCUGAUAUGGCAGGGCGGCAAUGGCUGGGACGACCUCGUGCGAGAGCAAGUGGAGGAGUCCACUCUGAGGCAACGCCUGGGAACAGGCAGACGAGACUCCGCGGCACAGAUCACGUCGAUCUCGCCGCCGAACGAGACCCAGGAUUGCUCGCCGACGAACCAGCGCCGUCGGCGAUCGAGCCUCGCUCAGUUGACCGACAUUCUGCGCGAAUGGGGCGGCGGCGGUAUCUCGACGAAGAGCAGCCGCGGCAACAAGCUCUGUCGAAGGGAGACCCUGGCGGACAUCGCCAAGUCGCUGCCGUGGUCGCGACAAACCACCACGGACGCCAGCCACCUGGUCAGCCUGCGUAAAAGACGGGAGAGCUCGGUCGACAGCGGCAUCCGCAGCCAGGUGUCCAGCAAGUCCAGACGGGACUCCGCCAUCAGUGACUUUAAGAACGACAUAGCCAGACUGUUGAGCAAAAAGGACUCGCAGCCGCAGCCACCGCCCACGGUCAUCUCGCCCACGCCGCGUCGAGGCUCGGGCGAAUCGAGAAACUCUCGCCGUGGUUCGGGCGAGAGCGCGAGAUCCAGGAGGGACUCGGUGAUUACGGGACAAUCUCAGAGCCCCGGCGAUCGUAAGCACAAUUGUCGUCAUCACAGACGUAGGCAAUCUCAACAGUCUGUCGACGGGGGUGGCGUCACGCCCACGAAGUAUUACAGAAAUGAUCAAAGACCGAGCGCUUCCAGCACCGACAGCGCGGGCAGUAAUACGGUUCGAGAACAUCUGGAGACUCAGAGGAACUCCAUGGACAAGAGCGAGAAAUCGAGCAGUACCGAGGGCAGGACCCAAACGACAAGUUCCACCGUGAUCGACACAAAGACGGCGAUGACGAUGUCGCCUUUGAUACUCAACGGGAAGACGCCCGUUGUCACAACGACGAUAACCGACUCGAGGACGACGACGGUGUCGAUCAGCACCUCGCCAGUGAUGCCCACCAUGUCGACCUUAAGCGUGGACACGAGGGCCACGAUUGAGAACAGAAUCGGUGCCACGUUGGACGCAUCCGUCAGUCCGCCGACUAUCGUUAUGUCCUCGGUAACGCCACCGGCGAUCUCGCCGACGGCCGGAAGCAGCCUCCCGCUUCCCGGGACCUCGACUUCCGGUAGCUCCAGCCCGGUCGGCUCACCGAACGUUAACAACACACCUACGCAUCCGUUACUUUCCACUCGAAGAGACUCGACCACGCAGUGCAAUUUCAAGGGUAAAGAAGUCUCGCCGAGUAAAGUGUCGAGGCUGAUACGCCAACACGCAGCAAUUGAUGAAUCGAUGCCACCCACAGGACGUCGUGGUAGCCAACCAACUUUAUCACCAGAUCCUGAUGAUGGGGGUCGGAAAGCACGGAGGGACUCUUUGAGUCCAGAUUCUGCUUCCUAUCUGCGACGUCGCGAUUCAAAAAGUCAUCUGAGUCCUGAUAGAAACGUCGAUAAGAGAGACAUCAGUCCUAUCAGACAGAGAAAAGGUCGAUUAAGAAGACAGUCCACCUCCAUGGCUGGUCGGCCACCACGAUCGCCGGACAGUUCCUCGUGUUCAUCCAGAGAGCCCAGUCCUUGCGCCCGCGCACCUGGCAAUAUUCACCAUGCGCCAAUAAUACGACGGCAAUCCACCACGGAAGAGAUCCUGAUAGCGCGCGGUUUUCGACGACAGAGUACUACCGAAGAGAUGAUACGAUGCCGUAACUUUAGGCGACAGAGCUCUCAAAGCGACGACACGGUUCAGAGAUUUCGCGGACGAAGAAAUAGCUCGGCUCAAAUCACGGAUGGCACUUUCGCGUCGAUGACAGUCGAAACAUCCAGCACCUUAUUUGACAGCAGCACCCAGACUGAACCGUCGCCGUUGUACGACAACAACCACUACCACGAGGAGUGCCUAAAAUGUAACAGCUGCGGCCUGAAUCUCACGGGACCCAAUCAAAAGCGGGCGAGACGAUUCAAGAACCAGAUACUUUGCGAUCUGCACUUUGCCGACGUGGCGCUGAUGGAGUGCUCGGACUUCAUGCAGCAGUUGCGCAGCUUCAAACCACAAAGUUUAGGCUGUGCAGUUGCGAGAAGAAAGUCCUCGACCACCCUGAUCUUUCCGUUGCCACCUCAGGCGUGCUCCGACGAGUUCUGUCAAGAGUUCCCGCACAACCUGAUACCAACACCCGGCUACUGGAUCGAAUGCUCGCGGCCUCAGAUUACGUCGGACACGAUCUGGGACGAAACAGAGAGCGAACACGAGGCUACCGAUCCCGAACAGGUGGAAGGACAGAGCGCGGAUCAGGAGCGUCCGUCGAUACUGAAGCGGCAGGACAAGACCUCCUGUCUGUUCGAAGCGGAGAAUGAAGGCGACACGGACGAUCCGCCGCGGAAGAAGACCACCAUCGAGGAGCAAUGGGAAAAGAAUCAGGGUUUCGAGCUCACCUCCGUCGAGCAGGAGACAUACGAGAAAUAUUUCUACGGCUCGGAGCACUGGAACUAUUUUACGAACGAUGAGGAUUUGGGACCGGUGAUACUCAGCAUCAAGCAGGAGACGCUCAACAAUCGUGACCAAUUCAGGAUUUUGGUCAGAGCCAUCAGUUACACGGUCCACGGCCUUAUCCCCGCCAGCUGCGUCUUUGCCGACCGAUACAAUCGAGAAGAAGUGGUACGUAGUCUCGGCAAGGAGGUGAACAUCAAUCCGCCGUUAACCUUGGGCCAAUUGCCAGACACGCCUGAGGAACUUCUGAAGCUCGAUCAAGUUUUUAUCAAGUCCGAGCUGAAGGUGGGGAUGAUUUAUGUUCAGGAAGGUCAGUACAGCGAGGAGGAGAUACUCGAUAACAACGACAACUCGCCGCUCUUCGAGGAAUUCCUGCAGAUUCUCGGGGACAAGGUCAGGCUGAAGGGAUUUGACAAGUACAAAGGUGGUCUCGACACCGUGCACGAUUUGACGGGCCUAUAUUCUGUCUACACCAACUGGAGGGGCAUCGAGAUAAUGUUCCACGUGUCCACCUUAUUGCCUUACGAGAAACACGAUCCUCAAAAACUUCAGAGAAAAAGGCACAUUGGCAACGAUAUAGUGUGCGUCGUAUUUUUGGAAGCCGACAACACCAGCUUCAGUCCAGCUUGCAUCAAGUCGCACUUUUUGCACACAUUUAUCUUGGUGCGAGUGAGUCCACGGAUAAAGCGGAAAAUCACGAAAUACGAAGUGUCCGUAGUUACAAGGGAUGAAGUUGGGGCCUACAAACCGUAUUUAUGGGAACAAAGUGUCUUCGAAAAAGGUCCGAUGUUCCGAGAAUGGAUAUUAACGAAGAUCGUGAACGGCGAGAGGGCGAGUUAUUCCGCGCCGAAAUUCGCGAGGAUGCAGGAGCGAACGAGAAGUCAAAUGUUGGAGGACAUCGUGGCGAAUCUCGCUAAUCACGCGGAAACCGGCCAGAUUCCAAAACCGUACAGACGAGGUUCUUGGCGACCGAUUGGACACAUGAGACCGUCCUCACCACUGUUGGACUCGGUGCGAGAUCAGUUCGAGGAUUAUGAUCAACUCGCCAAGGACUUCACCAGGGUGUUCCUCAAUAAUUCAGCGAACGUGACGUUAAACACUAGUCUUUUCGACGUGUCUUUCCUCGUGCCGGGACAUCAAAAACAGAAAGUCCGAUUCAUCGGUGUUAGGGCGAUUCUAGCCGUAAGAAGCAGAGUAUUUCAAGAAAUGUUAUACGGAAUUCAAGCGGGCUUCGGUAGCCCACAGGUACCGGUUGCCGAGUUGCUCGCAAGACCGGCGCCGACGUUGCUUAGCCCGCAGAAGCCGAAGAGCUCGAACUUCCUGCAAGUUCCCGACAUGGAGAGCCCUAGGCCCAAAAGUGUUCCUUCGUCGCCGAUGGUGAAACGGGCCUUCUCGCGACUGGGUACGAUCACGGCGGGAUGGGGAAGGAGCAUCAGAAAGCACGGCAGCACGCUGCAGAGCGAGGAUCGAAAGCGAUGGGCCAGCUCGCAGGAUUGCAGUAAUAAGGAAGCAAAAGACAAGGACAAAGCAGCCCAAUCGCUGGCAGUACCGCGACUCAGCGUUUGCGCGGACGCGCAAAAAGUAGAUAGAGCCAAACUAGCGCAGACCGAGUUUGACAUCAUCGAGUUCGAUCCGGAGACCUUCCGAAUUCUGCUGGACUACCUGCACACCGGAUCCUGUCCGCUGACGUGCAGCAACAUACCCGGUCUGAUAUGCGCCGCGGAGCACUACGACCUGCCGGAACUACUUCAGGCAUGCUUCCAUCACGCCAAGCAAUUCCUCAGGGUCGAGAUCGUUUGCGUGAUGCUGUGCGCCCUCGAGAAUUACUACUGGCGUUACACGUCCGCCUCGGAAUUGGUCAACAUGAUCCUCGCGUUCAUCGAGACGCGGGCCGAAUUGCUCUUCAACCAUCCAGACUUUGUCACCCUGAGCGAAUCGAUGGUGCAGAUGAUCAUGUGCCGCGGCCUCGAACUGCCGGAGGUCAAGAAGUUCGAGGCGAUGCUGAACUGGGCGAAGCACAGAAUCAAAACCAAAUCGACAAAGAUCGACGCCAAGGUGGAGUUCAAGUGUAUCAUGGACAGGCUCAGCAGGGACCUCAAGUUACAUAAGAUAACACCCCAGGAACUAAUCAGGAUCGUAUUGCCAUCGAAAGUUAUAAAGAACGAGAGGAUCCUGGAGACUCUGAUGUACCAAGCGAAUUCGGGCAUAUACAGAAACAUCGACAGCUGCUUGGAGGCGUACCAGAGGAAUCUGCAGGAUCAAGAAAGUUUCGACUGCGGACUAUGAAAGUUAACCAACACGCGAAAGGUGCCGCAAGAAAAACGUGAAAAACACGUAUCGAUAAAGGAGUAAUGAAAUUCUCCUGGACGAUGAGAAAAUUAUUCUCGUUGUAACAUUGCGGCGCCCGUGUCGUGCUAUCGGAUAUUAUACGCGAAUAAUUGAGAUCUUUUCGCGGCGAUGAUUUGCAAUUAGAGCAUUCCGUCUGCGACCGCGAUAUGUAGCAGUCGAUAAUUACACUGCGGGGCAUGACACGAAUUAUGAUGGAUUUCUCCGAUAUCACACAAGGUCGUUGCUAAGCCACUCGAUGAAUAAUAAGUUUCGACAUGAUCUCGGCUCCGUUCGCGUGAACUUUAUUAUACUCGUACAAUAAUUCAAUUGCAUUUGGUGGCGUAUCAGGCUGCCAUACUUGUUUCGUUAUUAAAGUGAUUUAUCCGUGAAGAGAAGAAUGCUAUAAAGACAUUAAUGAAUGUAUACUUGAUAAAGAAUUUUUGAAAGUUUCUUUAAAAAAUUAUUUAAAGGAUUAGAAAGUUUCCCAUUCGAGAAUCUUUUAACUUUAAUACGACAAAUUUCAAUUGAAUUAGUAAAAUACUGGCUUACGUUGAUUAAUAUAAAAGUUCAACAUGCAGCAAUUUCUGUGCAGAAUUAUUUUCAGAUGACAUAAAAUUUUCUAUCAAAAAUUUUCAAAUUUUAUAAAUAUUUUUGAUUUUUUUAAUACAGAUACUAUCUUAUAAUAAUGCUUCCAUAACAUAUAUUUCGUAAUUUCCAGUUCACGAAUUUUGCUUCCAUUUUGGAGUAAAAUAUUAUAAAAGAGAGAGUAGAAAGUAUUACUAUAGCUAUAAUAAUGUACAGCAUUAAAAAUGAUUCUUAUGUUUAACUUUCCUAUAUUUUUUUUUACUAUAUAAGUUAUAUUAUUUUAAUUUAAUAUUUGUAUUAACUUUUGUGAUUCGAUAUCUCUCUUUCGUUGCAAGAAGCGUUAUUUUUGAUAACCUAAGCUCUUCCAAGCUGUCAUAAGGCAGCAAGUACAUAUUAUAUUGAUCAAUCAAGCAGGGAAUAAAGCAGGAAAUACGUUACAAUGUGACGGUCACUUUCGUAUUAAAGUUUCGUAAAUAAGCGUUAUUAAUCUUCACAGAAUUUGUUAUUAAUACAUUCCUAACGUAUGAUUGAUAGAAUUAAAUGUAAAGUAUUGAUUGAGAUGAGAUGCAGAUAAUGCGAACGCGGAAAAAAAGCACAAUUUUCAUACUAUUAACGAGAAGAUUCAAUGGAAAUAAAAUCUUUGAUCAAGGUAAUUAAUUAAGGAAAACUUCUAUUAUAUUUCAAUAUAGCAGGUGAAUAAUGAUGAGGUCAGUAAUAUUUAUUGCGUGGCGAUGUCAUCUGUUUGUCUUCGAUGAAAUGAAGACAAAGAAAAAACGAACAAAUUAAUUACCUGAUACGACAACGUUAUCGACGUAAAGCGUUAAGAAAAAAAAUUCACUUUAAUGAUCAUCGAUCAGAGAGGCUUUCGAGAGCGCGUAUCGCAUCGGCAGCACUUAAUAAAUUGCCGACACAUGACAAUCUGUAUCAUAAAAGAAAGCUACUAAUAACACCUAAGAAUAUGGUUUACUAUUACGUAAGCUUAAAGAGAUAUAUAAAUAUACAUAUAAUAUAUAUAUAUAUAUAUAUACGUAUCGUUAUACAUAUAUAAGAAUGAAACGAUAAACGAUGAGUAACAACAAUAAUAAAAAUAAUAAUGACGCUAGUAAAAUUGAGGCGUAUAUGAUAUAAUAUAAUAAUGAUAACACAGCGCAAGCGAAUUGAUGUUGAAUGUUGGGAGAAAAAAAUAUAUACAUAUAUACAUAUAUAAAUAUAUAUAUGUAUAUAUGUAUAUGCAUAUAUAUAUACUUAUAUAUAUAUUCGAGGUCUGUUCUGUUUUCUAUCGUAGAUUUUAUAUUUUCAAGUACUCUAAGACAGAGAUUCUAAAAUCCACGGAGAGGGCAGACCGAAGAAGAAAUUUAUCACGCGACGACGCGCGGGCCUCUUUUUCGUUUAGCAAAAUGACCUCCCUUCUAGGGAAGAAACAUUUAUCCGUGGCCGCAAAAUUUUUUAGCACAUCACGAUCGUGAACCACUCGAUCUUCUUUCGUUCUACGAAGAGAAGAGACAUAUCGAUUUCUCUCCGGUGGAAGAAUGGAUUUUCCGAAAGGAAGACGGAUUCUUCAUUGGAGUCACUUCGUGAUUUCGACGAAUCUUUGCGAAUAUCAAACAAGACCUCGAACUAGCCUGGUUCCGGCAGCGCUCCAGUAACGAUUAUAUCAAAAAAAAGCGAGAAACGAAGAGAGAAUAAAUGGGGUAGAAAGUCACGCGAUUUCACACGCAGAACACGUAUUUCCGUGAACGACACUCUCUUUUCCCGAAGAUAUUUUUCAGAAGUCGAUCUCUUCUUCGAUGUUCCAAAGGAGGAAAUAUUUUUACACGAUCUCGGUUGGUCGUCCGCGAUACGACGUAAUAUUUUCAAGCGCCGAUUCCCCGCUGUAUAUUGUGUUAUUAUAUAUGUAACAAGUAAUAUUAUGGUGUAAUGUGCGUAAAGGUAAAAGGCCGUUGAUCCUCAACCGCUACGAUGGGUUCAAAUCUGUUUCCAAUACAGAUUUCUCAGUUUCCAAUGCUUUAUAAUGCAUCAGAAAUAUGUUUUAUACACAUGUAUAUCUGCUAAAUGUAAUAUAUAUUAUAUAUAUCUAUUAAUAGUUACUGUAGAAAGAUGUUUAAUGACUUAUUGUUUGUUGGAUAUAAUAAGAGAAUCAGAUAUAGGAACAUCAAUAAUAAUCAAAAAUAAUUAUACUUUAUUAUUGGAUUCAAAAUUGAUCUCAUCGUAGUAGUUAUUUCAUUCAAAUACAUAUAAUUAUAGCAGUUGAGGAUUAAAAUCGGUCUCCUUCCGCUGCGGAGGGCGCCAAACUGUUAAGUGUCUUAUUGUUCCGGCAAGCGGCUGGACGAAAGUAGAGUUUUGAAAUAUCGCCAUUCGACGAAAUCCAGUUAUCUUCGUAUCAAUGCGUAUAUACUCGUUUCUAAAAUCAAAUAAAUCGUUUUUUUUUUACGAAAAAAUGUUUUUUGUAGAUAUAUUUACCGCAAAAGAAAAAGAUACAAGUGUAUGAAUCGCAAACGUAUAAUUAUUUUUUAAUUAAUUUAAUUAAUUAUUUUCUUGGAGAUUGAAGAAUUAAGUAUUAAUAGAUCUUUAAAAAAAAUUAGCAUUUCCGUAAAAACAAAUCCACACAAUAAUAGAAAACAGAUCGCGAAGCGGACAAAACUCGAAAUUCUACUUCGUCAGUGUGUAAGCGUAGUUUUAGUGUGUGAUCGAAGUGUAUUCGAUUGUUCAUUGUAUCUAUGACGUCUCCCAAUCUAUGUAGAGACGCGCCAUUAAGCUCAUUAUUCAUUGUUAUAUUUAUCGAAGUAAAACUCGGCGCAGGUUCACUCGGGAUUGCCGACAGAAUUUUUCGUAACGCUAUGAGACACGUUAUGGCCAUCGUAAUAAUUACGAUUACGUAUAAGAUUCGAGAUUUACUUAAAUAUGUAAAAUUAACACAAAUAUUAUACUUAAGGACUGAUUAUUUUUAAUGUGCAUUGUAAUAUCGUGUUUUAAAUAAUUUAAUCCACGAUUUCGUAUAUAGACACGUGAAAAUGUUCUCGUGGUGAAGUUUAUUUCUGUAGCAUCGAAAAUCGAGCCAGCCGAAAUUACACCGAUAUCCAUUAUCCUAGCUUGCUUGAAACACAAAGUUAUUUUAACCUGCGCCCGAGUUAACUCAACAAAAAUAUCACGAAUUAGUACAAAACUUACGCCUCUGUCGUGUAUUACUCUUCCUCCUCUCGCGUCGCGGCACGAGUAAUAUACUAAUGUACAAAACUUUUUUUACUGUACUCAACGACAGUCCAGGCGUAGCUCGUUAUCAAGAAAGAUAAGAGCAAAAAAGAGGGGGAAUGUAGUGCGCCAUGCCGAGGCGCGACGACACCCCUCGUGAACACCCAAAAAAAAGAAAAUUUGAAAAAACGUCAUCGAACGCCAUUCUGUCCAGCCAUUGCCGCCUAUUGUUCAACUGUACAUUCACGCAAAUAUGUAAAAAAAUUGUUUCACAGAUGAAGAGAGAAGAGGGGACAAACAAGAAGAUAUAUAUAUAUACACACAUAUAUAUGUAUGUAUACAUAUAUAUUAAGAUGUAAACACACAUAUACACAUACAUUAUACAUACACUUGCGCACACACAUGGCAUACAUGUGCACACGUAACGGUAGAGAAAGGCGAGAGAAUGGGAGGGAGAGAAAGAGUGUAAUGAGACGUGUCAAAAUGUAACGAAAUAUUGUGAGCCACGUGAGCGGACUCCGGCGAGUAAGUAGAGUAAGUAAGCGUAAUAUCAGACGCACAUUGAGGCGGAUGGCGGAUUUCCGAAAGGGGAAAAAUCGUGUCGCCUUGCUCCUGCAAAGGGAGGGUAAGAUUAUUUUAAAAAUAAUUUGAUAAGCGGUAUAUGAUGAAGGAUUAAAACUGGAGAUUUCUCUCAGUUCUUUAAUCUUUCUCGACUGCUUGUGUUAGGUAUAGAAAUUUUACUAGUAACAUUCUGUUGUAUAUUUUAUAGUGAUUAAAAAAUUUUAGCGACUAAAAUCCACUCUAAAUCAUACGAAUCAAAAUACUGUUGUAGGUUUUAUUAAACAAUUGUAAGUCGCUGGUAUUUUUAACUUAGAUACCAAAAUAUCUCGAAAACAAUGUAUUUUCGAAAAAAAAUAUUUCAAAUAAAAGUUCUAAAAUUUGAAAAAGGCCAUCAAAAUAGUCACUUAGAUUUUGGUUUCGGGAUUCACUUUGGGUCCAAGGCACAGGGUGGUUUUUUUUCGAUAAAAACAUGUUUUAUUGCAAAUUCAUAUUCUAUUAGAAAUUUUGUUCUCGGUGUUUUUUUGCUAAACUCCCUCCAAUCGCACAAAAGUUCUUAUUUUGAAAUAUUGCCAAUGAAGGCAAGACCAGUGGACGAUCCAACCAGUGAAGGAUCCAAAAUCUACAUAGUUCAUCUAAUGGCCCUCUUCAAACUCUAUCCCUUUAUUUAAAAUAUUUUUUUUUCAAAAAUGCAUUAUUUUCGCUUACUCCAAAUAUCGAAAUAGGUUAUUAAGUAUGUUAAUUGAUUAUAAAUUCUGCCAUUCUGCGGAAUUAAGUAUGAUAAACCCGUAAAAAUGUGUAUGAACGUGCUGCUGCGUCGCGCAAGGCUCAAUGUGCGCCUGGCGAUAAAGAUAAUCUCUGCGUUUUGUGCGAUAUACGAGGGUUGUGCGUAAUCUUAAGCGCUUCUCGAAUUCUCUGGUAUGCGUCUGGUUAUUUGUGCGAUAGUCUAUAAAUGCCGUUGUUGUGAUGCCGUGUACGUAUUGUCAUUCUUGUCUUGUUAAAUACUCGCUGUUCUUCUCGACAUUAUACCGCUGCCAUUGGAUUUUCAUCUCGUUGUUGUUGUUGUUGUCGUUAUUGUUAAGGGAGAAACGUAUUGUCCGUUCAAUUGCACGCACAGACGCAGCGGCGAGAUGCCACGACCAUAUAUAUAUAUAUUUUUUUUUACUUCGCGGCACUGUAUUCUUCCGGAAUUCGUCGGCUUAUUCUGUGCGUGAACCACGAUUAACGUAACGAUAUAUUUUCAAUUUUUAGUAUUAUAAAUUCCAUAGUGUGUGUGUGCGCGCUCGGAUUUUUGUAAGAUAUUUAGCGAUGAUAGAAUAUAAAAUAUUCCUAAACACAAUUAAAUAACAAAUAAUCUAUUUUCUACAAAUAAUACACAUUAUUCAAAUUAUUUCCACUGCGCGGUGUGAAAAAUAAAAAUCGUGGUUCUCGAUUCCCGCAACUAUACAUUUCUCUCAAUACGAAAAUAUCGAGUGACAUCGAUAUCAGUUUGUAAGCAGCCCAAAUAUUAUUUCGUUCAUUCAAACGUUUAAUUCUGCUGUAUUAAUAAUUUAUCGUUUACGGAUCUCGGCUUGCUUCGCAAUGAUGCAAUGUAUUAACCGAUCGACAAUUCUUUUUAUCCUGAUAUAUCGCACUCUCACGUUGUUGUGUACGUGGAUACAAGUUAUUAAUAAUGCGAUGUAACGGACAGGGUUACCAGAUAUCAAUUUACGUCAAAUAUCAAAGAGCGUUUCCAGUUUCAUGCGAUCAUAUCGGUAUGAGAUCACUGUGACCUGACAAUUGUGAAAAGUGCGUGCACACGAGUUUCUUCCUUCCGCUUGUCGUCGUGAUGAAUCUUAGGAACUCGCCGUGUCGCGCUUACGUGGUAACGAAUACAAAAAGAAUACAGAUAAAAUUAUGAACAAAGAUUUAUUGUAUAUGAAGCUACUGUGAUGUUACUGUUGAAUAUAAAAAAAUAUAUAUAUAUACAUAUAUAUAUACACACAUACAUAAAAGAUGCUGUAUUUAAAGUCGUGUCUAAAGAUUGUUUUCUUUUAUCUCCUCGCUCACACGAAACAAAGUCUGUCGCGAAUCUGUGAAAGUGAAAUUGUAAUUUAUAUUCGUACGAGCAAACUAUUUUUUAAAGAUGACAACGUGGACUGAUCUAUUAUGUAAUAUAGGCAAUAAAAAUGUAUUGUGCUAGAUCUUCUCUAUAUGUGUGUUCGUGUAAACCUCGUCAAGUGCAUAAUAGAAUAACAAAAAUCAGUAUCAAUCUACACGGAGAGCAUUCAUGAUCUACAAAUUCAUAAUACUACAUUACUUGUAAAACAUAUAAAAUUCAAUUUUUGGUUCAUAAUAGUCACUAAUGAAAAAAAAAAUAAAUACCGGACGGCAUUCAAUAACCUUAAUUAUAAGGAAUUUAGAAGAUUAUUUACAUUCAUUAUUACAAUUUCGGAUUAUUUACUUUUGUUUAACAUUAAUUUAUACAUUGUGCCAAUUUAAAAAUGUUUCCGCCCAAAAAUGUGUUCAAAGUGAAUAGUUUUAGUAGAAAUAGUUUUUAAAAUAAAGUUGUUUUAUACAAUCUCUAUAUCUUGCAUGAAUAUUCAUAAAUACAUCAAUGCGUUAUGUACUUAUAUAAUUCAUAAUAAUUCGUAACUAUCUAAGCCAUCUCUACUACGUCAAGAAAAUGUACAAUAAAUUACAGCGUAUAAAAAAGAUGUGUACAUAUUUACAUAUACACAUGAGGUGUAUCUUCACUGAUCUUUGUACGCUAAAAAAAAAUCGAAUUACAAAUAGCAAUAUCUGUUGAUUGGAUCUAUACAAACAGUCCUCUAUAAAAUUUAAAUGAGUUUGAGUUAUGAGGGAGAAUUGUAAGUAUGUUAUAAAAUCACAUUUAUUUACAAUUCUACAAGAGCGAUAGGUUAUCUGUACAAAUUUGACCACUGUACAAUGACAGCCGUUUGUGAAUCUUUAAAAAAAUUCUAAUCAUCAUAUUAAAACAUUGCAUUUUUAAGGUAUAUAUAUAUGUUUGUUACAGCAAAUAUAUUUUGUCAGGUAAAAUUCGCGAGCACUCGCGCAAUACGAUCUUAGCCCUAUUAUAACUGAGAUCUGCGUGUGUCGACAAGUUCCUAAAGCAUUGCAAUAAGCGUACGUAACGCCGGAUACAGUCUUAUUAAAACGCUAAACCAUCAAGGUCGCAAAUUAACAUAUAUAUAUAUAUGUACAAUUUUUGUACAUCUGUUAACACCGCACUCGCUUUCAGAAUGUCUGAAAAAUAAUUUCAAGA